AAACCCAAGCGACGGUCCGGACAGCGGCCGACGGUCCUCGGUGUCCGCCCUGCGUCGCCGCGAGCGAGUUUCAGUCGGCCACAGAACCCAGGAGUGCCGAACGAUGGCGUUCAGGAGGGCUCUGAAACACACGGCCGUCGUCGGCGGGGGGGCGGUCGCCGGGGUGUUCGGCUUGUCGCAGCUCAUCGAGUACAAGAAGACACAGCAUGGAUUGGCCCAGCUGGCCCGCGUGGCUGCCGAAGCGGAUCUCAGGGUUCCCUUCGCCGACGACCUCCCCUCUCGGCAGGCCCAGCUCGCCGCGCUGCAGAGCACCGAGGAGUUUGACGUCCUGGUGGUCGGAGGCGGGGCCACGGGGGCGGGGUGUGCCUUAGACGCCGUCACGCGCAACCUGAAGACGGCUCUGGUUGAGAGAAGCGACUUCUCUUCGGGGACGAGCAGCCGGAGCACCAAGCUGCUGCACGGCGGAGUCCGCUACCUGCAGAAGGCCAUCAUGCAGUUGGACUACGAACAGUACAUGAUGGUGAAGGAGGCCCUUCACGAGCGAGCCAACCUCCUGGAGAUCGCACCUCACCUGUCCGCGCCGCUGCCCAUCAUGCUCCCCGUGUACAAAUGGUGGCAGCUGCCUUACUACUGGGCGGGCAUCAAGAUGUACGACUUGGUGGCCGGGAUCCAGAACCUGAAGAGCAGCUACGUCCUCAGCAAGGCCUCGGCCUUGGAGCGCUUCCCCAUGCUGAACAAGGACAAGCUGGUGGGCGCCAUCGUCUACUAUGACGGGCAGCACAAUGACGCCCGUAUGAACCUGGCCAUCGCCAUCAGCUCCGCCCGCCACGGCGCCGCCGUCGCCAACUACACCGAGGUGGUGCGCCUGCUGAAGACGAAGGACCCGCAGGGCGGCGAGGAGAAGGUGUGUGGCGCCCGCUGCCGGGACGUCAUCACCGGACAAGAGUUUGACGUGAAGGCCAAGUGCGUGAUCAACGCCACGGGACCCUUCACGGACUCCCUGAGGAAGAUGGACAACCAGGAGACCAAAAACAUCUGCCAGCCCAGCGCAGGCGUUCACAUCGUCAUCCCCGGCUACUACAGCCCCGACAACAUGGGCCUGCUCGACCCGUCCACAAGUGAUGGACGCGUCAUCUUCUUCCUGCCCUGGGAGAAGAUGACCAUCGCCGGGACGACCGACUCGCCCACCAGCGUGACGGCCCACCCCAUCCCGGGGGAGGACGACAUCAACUUCAUCCUGAGGGAGAUCCGCAACUACCUCAGCCCCGACGUAGAAGUGCGCCGGGGAGACGUGUUGGCGGCGUGGAGCGGCAUCCGCCCGCUGGUGACCGACCCCAACUCCAAGGACACCCAGUCCAUCUGCAGGAACCACAUCGUCAGCAUCAGCCCCAGCGGACUGGUCACCAUCGCCGGUGGGAAGUGGACCACCUACAGAUCCAUGGCCGAGGAGACUCUGGAUGCUGCCGUCAAGACGCACGGCCUCUCGGCGCAGCCCUGCAAGACCGUGGGUCUGAUGCUGGAGGGAGCCAAGGGCUGGACGCCGACGCUCUACAUCCGCCUGGUGCAGGACUACGGGCUGGAGAACGAGGUCGCUCAGCACCUGGCCUCCACGUACGGGGGAAAGGCCUUCGACGUGGCCAAGAUGGCCAAGGUCACCGGGCAGAGGUGGCCCAUCGUGGGCAAACGAUUGGUGUCCGAGUUCCCCUACAUCGAGGGCGAGGUGCUGUACGCCAUCAAGGAGUACGCCUGCACGGCCAUCGACGUCAUCGCCCGGCGGACGCGCCUGGGCUUCCUGAACGUGCAGGCGGCCGACGAGGCGCUGCCGCGCAUCGUGCAGAUCAUGGGGAAGGAGCUGGGCUGGAGCGAGGAGCAGAAGACGACGGAGCUGGAAGCAGCCAGGAAGUUCUUGUACCUGGAGAUGGGCUACAGGUCUCGCUCUGAGCAGCUGACCAAGACAUCGGAGAUCAACCUGGACAACCAGGAGGUGGUCAGGUACAAGAAGCGGUUCCAUAAGUUUGACAAAGAGAGCAAAGGAUUCAUCACGACUGUCGACGUGCAGCAGGUUUUGGAAAGCAUCAACGUCCACAUUGAUGAAAAUGCGCUUCAUGAAAUCCUUAACGAGGUCGACCUCAACAAGAACGGACAAGUGGAGAUUGAUGAGUUCAUGCAGCUGAUGAGCGCGGUGAAGAAGGGACAAGUGUCCGACAGCCGCCUGGCCAUCCUGAUGAAGACGGCGGAGGAGACGCUGGACACGAGGGGGCCGGUGACGGUGGACCGGAGCGGCGGCGGAUUCUGAGCCAAAAGAAUCCAGCCAGCGCAGAGACGGCCUCAUGCAAAUGGCGCCAUUUGAAUGACAAUGAUGCAAUCAUUCGCCCGAAUCAAGCGCCCCUCCUCCGGAAAAGAGUGAGGCUGAGGUUUGUUGUCUGUUUUCUCAGCAUCUGGUGCCUCUGAUGCUCCACAGCACGUCUGUUUUCGACGGUCUUUUAAACGUCGGCGGCGUGAGCGUCUGCAUUGUCUUUGUAUCUUCUGCAAAGCUCCUUUUUAAACUCCAUUUUUUAACACUGCUUGUUGGGGAAGCACUUUCCUCGGUGUGAUGCAGCUUUUGCAUGUGGACGCUGUCGAUUUGGUUGUGCUUUAUCUUACGGCUCCAAUAAUUCUUAAUAAGUCUACUGGCAAGAAAUAUGUGACUCAGCACUAAUCGGAGGCAAAAUAGAGACAAGCGUUGCAACGUUGAAUUGAAUAGAAACGAGUAAUGGAUCACUAAUUCUUUCAAGGGAAACAAAGAAUAAUACUGACUCUUAAAAUAAAGCCCAGCAGAGCUUUGCACUGUGUUGUUUCUGAUGUUAGCGUGUUACAAGUACUAUUUAAUGGUUCUAAAAGCACUUUCCGAAGUACUGAAGUGACUUCCUCCUGUCUAAUUUAGCUUUUAUUGCACAACCAGCAAACUACUGAUGCUGAGGUUUCUAGUUUUAGCGCUAGUGAGGUUGUGUGUUUUAAUAUAGCUAUUUCUAUAAAAUAUAUAUAAAUUUAUUAUUUUCCCUUUUUGUAACUGCAGCCAAAUAGAGACAGAUGGAAAUAAGUUGCAUGAGCAAAUCACGCUUUCAUCGAUUACAUUUUUUUUUUUUUAAUGAUUUGCAUGCUUUAUAAAGCAAAAUAUUUAUUUUUACAAAGUGCAUUUGAAGUGGAGUUUAUUCUUGUAUUACUUGUGGCUGUUUGCAGCCAAAAAGUAUUCCUGCAUGCUGUUCGCAGAUUAUUUCAUCGUUUGUGGGACACAAAUGUUGUAUUUGUUUGGGAUUUUAUUUUAGUUUAGAAACAACAAGUUCACUGUGUGAUGUUUGCCUCGAUGUGCCUGAGAUAAAUGAGCCCCCGGUUCCAUAAUGCCACACUCCAUGUCAACAAAUGCAGCACACGAUGGUAAAGAAUGUACGGCUGUUAUACAAACAACAGUGUCUAAGCUGUAUGGGAUUUUGGGGGGUUUCUGAACAGAUGUCUUGACGUGCUGCCAUGUUGGAGGGGUCGACAGUAGGUCAAGGGUCAAAUUUAGAUUCACCCUAGCAGUUAAACCAUCAACUCGUGCUGCACAAGGGAGGAGACAAAAGUUCUUAUGAUCAUUUUCCAGAGUCUUAAACGAGGGUUAAAGUAUUGCGCACAGUUUGGAUAUUUAUGUCAAGGAGCUCCCACCUCUGAAAACGAAAACAAACAUGUCUUCAUUCCUCCAACGUGGGGGUGAGUCCGUCAUCAUUUCAGGUCUCCUGUUAAGAGGUUUUAUACUGUACAAUGUCCCGAUUGCCUUUUAUUAUGCUUUAUAAUCAUCAGUAACCGAUUUAUCUACUUGGACUAAUUGAUAUGCAGUAAACAAUCAUUCCACUACGUUUCCUCCCAUGAACCAUUAUUGUGUGUGUGUGUGUGUGUGUGUGUGUGUGUGUGUCUACACACUGAGCACAGUCCAAACUGCAGACGGCUUGCCGCAGGGCUUGAUUUCAGGUCUCCAUGUUAGAUUGUGUCGUCCGGAUGAAAUUACAGCUUUAUCCCGACUCAAAGAGAAUCAUGUUGCGUACACUGUAAGAAUACAGUGAGCCUGUCUUCAGCUGAAAAGAAGGGAAAAAGCAAUUAUCUAAUUAAAUGUAUCUGGUUGCUUUCUUUGCUGGGGUCUGUGUGUGUGGCCUGCAUCAUGAGAGCAGAGAGAAGUGAUGGGACACGUCGUGUUUGCUGUUCAAGAGGGUCUUUAUUGACUUCAUCUGAUUUUAUUUAGAAGGUCCUUUGACGAGAAAUCACUGAAUAUCAGUACUUAUUUCUCUUAUACAACCUAAAUUUAAACCUAAUCUGAGAACUUCUCCCGCACUGCUGACCUCGAUUGUUUAGAGUUAAAACCAACAGCUCCUGAAAAUGAGCGCGGUAACAGUUUAUUAUUUAUGGAUAAAAAUGCAGCGUUCACAGGGAUUCGGUGUCCUCCGAAGUGUUACCUGUUGGGUCGGGUUACACUUGGUACAAAUAUCCUCACUGAGAUUGUUUCUCACAAGUAUAGAAUUCACACACGCACGCACACCGAACUGCAUCCAGUCCGCUUGCUGCAAACUGCGAGAAAAAGGCGUCUCUCUCUCGCGAAAGGUCACGGUGCAAUUUGAAUGACAGCUUUAAGUCCUUCGCUCAUAUUACAAUCUGCAGCCGAGGAGAGGGCGCCCUGCAUGGGGAAGGCCGGGAGUGCCGGGAAGCAAUUAAUUGUAAUGAAUAAUGGGACAAAUCUGGUUGGCAUAUGACUGCUAAUGCUCCUUUUUUGUUUCCUCCUCUGGAGGAUUCAGGCCGGCGAUGCUGCCACGCGGACGCAUCUGCUUCUGCACUCACUGAGAAGUGUGAGGAUGAUGCUUUCUGUCUUCUUCCUUUCAUUCUUUCUCUUAUUCACAUAGAAUUGAUAACCCUCACAUCAAAUUUACCUUGUUGUUUGGCUUCAACAUCUGAACAACUGGUCUACAAAAUGAUAUAUUCCUCUUUUUUUUUUCAUGUGUCUCCCUGCACAGUGUUGCUUCAAAUCUUUGAAAGAAUUCAGCCUGAAUAAAUAUCUGGAAUUA